AUGCUGAACGGGCUACCACAUGUGAGUUCUGGGCGUGCAGUGUCAAAGAUCUCCGCGGGAACGGAAGCAUUGAAGACCGACCUUUACGAGAAGUUGCCGUUUCAUGAGAACAGAUGGAUGUGCCUUACUAAAUCUAUGACGGCCGCCCUUUGCUUGGAGCCAGUGGCACGCCUCGAAGUCACCAUCGUGAAGGCGAAGGACAUCGUACCCAAUGCCGCCUCAUUUGUCGGGUCUGCGAAGCAAGCCCCUCACCCGUUUGUCAGAGCGUACGUCGACGACGAGAGGCAGAAGGAUAAGGAUGGUCGGGUCAAGGAAACUGCGCACGUGAAGAACUCGCGAAAUCCCGAGUGGAAUUCGCACUUCGAGCUUGACAUUACUGCUGGGAGGUCGAUGGUCCGCUUCCAUUUGUACGACCAAGAUGUUGAUGACGAAGACGCCAAAGACCUGCUCAAAGGGAAUAUGGCCGACGUCUCGGUUGCUGACAAUAAGAAGAGCUCUUUUCACCACUCCCUCGGCUUUGUGGAGGUGUGCGUCGGGGAUAUGCCUUUCGAUGUGGAGAUCGAGGGCUGGUUGGAGUUGCGCUUCCCCGGCCAAUUGCAGGGCAUCAACGUGUUGCGUUAUCCCAGCAUUGCAGCCAACGCGAGGACGUGA